AUGAGCUCUGAGCACAAAAGGGAGUGGCAUCACCACUUGAGAAGCGCGUUAUGGGCAGACUGGAUCACGCGCAAGCAAAUUCUAAAGAACUCACCAUACAAGUUGGUCUACUGCAAGGAUGCUUUAUUCCCCGUGUCUUUGGAGAUCCUCACCUUACAGUUACUCAAAUCUAUUGAGGUGACCGAAAAUGAUCCCAUGGAGGUGAGAUUGGCAGAGCUUAUGGAGCUAGAGGAAGCAAGGGAAGUAGCAUUUUUAUCCCUUCAAAACCACCAGCAAACUGUUAAGAGGUGGUUUGACAAUAAGAAAAGUUCAGACCCGAGACUCAAACAAGGCGACCUUGUUUUGAAGUAUAAUGAGAGAGCAACCAAGCUUGGUCAACAUGCUAAAUUUGAUGGUUUAUGGGAGAGACCCUUCCACAUUACGAAUUGCAAGGGUUUUAAUGCUUUUGAUCUCGAGAAUAUGUAG